UUUACUGUCACACGUUUAACUGGUUUAGCCUUUAGCUUGUCGGCUAGCAGGCUCAUCAACAACAUGACGCUAAUAUUCUGUUGAGUUGAAAUUUGGGGAGAUAUAAGUCUGAAUGGGAUAGCCGGCAGGUCUUCACUUUAAGCCACCAAGAUGCCUCAGAAUAUUCUCAAGAGCACUCAUUACAUUGAGCUGGGCAGCUACCAGUACUGGCCUGUGAUUGUGCCAAGAGGGAUCCGCUUGUACACCUAUGAACAGAUUCCAGUGUUUCUGAAAGAGAAUCCAUACAUCACCGAUGGAUACAGAGCACACCUGCCAUCAAAGCUGUGUCUCAAAAGUAUAUUCAUUCUGUCAAAUGAGACAGUAAAUAUCUGGAGUCAUCUGAUUGGGUUCCUGUUGUUCUUCUCACUGGGGGUGAACAACAUGGUCACAGUUCUGCCGUCUGCAGGGGCGUCCCGAGAGGACUAUGUGAUUUAUUCGAUAGGACUCUUUUGUUUUCAGGUGUGCAUGCUGUGCUCUGUGGGCUACCAUUUGUUCUGUUGUCACCGCUCAGAGAAAACAUGUCGCCGCUGGCUCGCACUGGACUACGCUGGAAUAUCUGUGGGGAUUUUGGGAUGCUAUGUGCCUGGAGUCUUCUAUGCCUUCUACUGCAACAGUUUUUGGAGGCAGGUGUAUUUGCUGACGGUGCUGGCUUUGAUCCUGGCUGUUUUUGCUGCUCAGAUUCAUCCACAUUACCUCACAAAUCAGUGGAAGAAGCUGCGCUCUGUAAUGUUUUGCUCCGUGGCUGGAUACGGAGUCAUCCCAGCCUGCCACUGGGUCUGGCUCAACGGGGGAUUUGGUGUCGAGAUCGUACAAGUGUUUUUUCCUCGUGUCAUGAUCAUGUAUUUGAUUGCCGCAUCAGCGUUCCUUUUCUACGUCAGUAAAAUCCCAGAACGUUACUUUCCAGGCCAGCUGAACUAUCUGGGUGCCAGUCAUCAGUUCUGGCACAUAUUGGUGGUCGUCAUGUUCUACUGGUGGCACCAGACUGCAGUCUACAUCAUGAACUACAGACAUAAUCAGCCCUGCACUGACUACAGAAGUGGAUGAAACAUGUCAUGUCAAUGUGACAACAUAAACCUCCAUGCAUGUUCAUUCUAUAUUCUGACAACAUGUUACAAAAAGAUCUGAGCUUUUAUGUUCAACGAAUGCAUUUGUUUUUGGCUGGCAUUAUUUUAAGUUAGAAUCGCUCAGUGAAACUCAUUUGCCUUCCAACAUCAUGGGUUACGUGCAAUGAAUAUCACGAACGUUUUGUGCAAUCAGUUAAUUUCCUCUGCCUGGACAAAUGUUUCAAACAUACAUUUUAUCUGCUGAACUAAUGGUGUGCUUGCUUGUUACAAUUUGUACUAUUUGCUAUCGAGCCUUUUACACAUGGUAUUAUUUGGGUAUACAGUAAGUGCACAUUCUGUACCAUAUCACCUCACUUUGCUGGAAUGUCCAUUUUCUUAAAUGACCUUAACUAUCACUGUUCUGCAGCCGAAGAUUUGUAUGGUUUAUUACUGUAAUUCUGUGAAUUUUCUUAUUUCUUUUUAUGUUUAUUUUUUUGUUAUUUUUGUUAAAGGGAGUUGUUUGUAGGUAUUCUAUGCAUUUGAGUUAAUCUACGGAAUAUUUUACGCACUAGAAACUGGUUUUAAGAUUAAAAUGACCAAGCAAGCAUGUACUGUAUGUAAAAUAGGGAUAAUAAUCACAAUACUUGCACAUAAUUGACUAAACUUGUAUCUAUCCAGUCAAUACAGAGCCUUUUUGAAUGACUCUCUUCAUUGCAGCCUUUUUUACUUUCUGUUGGUUACUGAUUGUCUCCUUGUCUUUAUUUGUGGUUUUAAUUGUUUUGAAUUAUGUGAAUAUCUUGAUACUGAUG